CGUUGUUUAAGAUGUGCGCUAAUGAAGAUUUUGACCUACGUCUGAUAGAGCUUGUAAGAAUCCAUCCAAGACUUUAUGAUCCCUCACUACGCACUAUGCCCUACGACGCUCAUAAAAAGAAGAAAACAGAAUUUUGGUGCAACAUUGCCAGCACACUAAGAACUGAUGUGUGUACCUGCAUUACACGCUGGAAUCACUUAAAAGAGAGGCUACGGCGGGAAAUGCUAAGGGAUCACUCGGACUGGACUCUGUUACCCAAGCUGCAUUUCCUUCCACAAUUUAAGCAUGGCCACCAUUUGCACAGCAAUGAGCACAUAGCAAAUACCGUUGGUCCCAGUUCGAGUACAAAUUGGCGAGCACUUAGUCCGGGAGAGCUUAUAGAGGAAGUACAUGAUUUGGAUGACCCGCUGCAGGAGGCAAUGGAUGAGCAGCAUGUGGGCGUGGCAGCUGCUGUACCUGACGCUGAAGCCCCUGUCAUUAACGGAGAUGUUCUAAAGCGCAUGGAGGUCUUAUUGCAGGGCCUCGGGCCAAAUCGGGCAAAAGCCGAGAAAAAAAUAUUGGCCUACUUAUGCAAAUGUAAUCUGCGCGCUCUCAAUGCGGAGUCAAUUGACGAUAUAUCAAUUUAGU